CCCCCCCGCACUGCGCGGCGCGGCGCCUCCUUACGCGGCACCGACCAUCUUCCUUCCGUCUAGCUCCACACCGACCAAUCCAUGGCUGAGGAGGCGGAGGGGAUCGAGGUUGAAGAGGGCGAUGGUGGUGCGGUUCCCUCGGCCGGAGAGGGCGAGGAGCCGAGGCGGAAGACGGGGAGCCCCAAAGCUACGCCAAAGCCGAAAGGGGGCCGCGUGAAGGGGAAGCGGCGGACCGGCGACCGGUCCUUCGCGUCGUCGGCGAUGAGGCCUGGAGACGAAGGGCGCGGGGUGGCGGCGGGGAACCGGGUGCUCAGGGAGAAGAGGCCGGCGCCCGAAGCCUUCUGCGAGCGCGACACCGACGAUGAGGAGGAUGAGGAGGAAAUUGCGAAUAAUCAAGUCAACCCCUGGAAGGCCAAGAGAAGUGAUUCUGGGAAGAAGAGGGGAAGACCCAGAAAAACAAAAGUAGAGCAAGUGGAUACCAGGGCCCAGCUCUCCAACGGUAUAAGCCUCGGUGAAAUGAAUGGGAAUGAUGAGGAAACUGUAAACAAUCAAGUCAACCCCGAGAAUGCCAAGAGAAGUGAUUCUGGGAAGAAGAGGGGAAGACCCAGAAAAUCAAAAGUAGAGCAAGUGGGUACUAAGGCCCAGUUCUCCAACGGUAAAAGCCAUGGCGAAAUGAAUGGGGAUGAUGAUGAGGAAACUGCGAAUAAUCAAGUCAACCCCGAGAAGGCCAAGAGAAGUGAUUCUGGGAAGAAGAGGGGAAGACCCAGAAAAACAAAGGUAGAGCAAGUGGAUAGUAAGGCCCAAUUCUCCAACGGUAAAAGCCACGGCGAAAUGAAUGUGGAUGGUGAUGAGGAAACUGCGAAUAAUCAAGUCAACCCCAAGAAAGCCAAGAGAAGUGAUUCUGGGAAGAAGAGGGGAAGACCCAGAAAAACAAAGGUAGAACAAGUGGAUAGUAAGGCCCAGUUCUCCAACGGUAAAAGCCAUGGCGAAAUGAAUGUGAAUGAUAAGGAAACUGCAGACAUUCAAGUCAACCCUGAGAAGGCUAAGAGAAGUGAUUCUGGGAAGAAGAGGGGAAGACCUAGAAAAACAAAAGUAGAGCAAGUGGAUAGUAAGACCCAGUUCUCCAAUGGUAAAAACCACGGCGAAAUGAAUGAGAAUGAUGAGGAAACUGUAAACAAUCAAGUUGAGCGCAAGAGGGCCAAGAUAAUUGAUUCUGUGAAGAAGAGGGGAAGACCCAGAAAAACAAAAGUAGAGCAAGUGUAUAGUGAGGCCCAGUUCUCCAAUGGUAAAAGACACUGCGAAAUGAAUAGGAAUGACGCUGAGACAGUAAGGGGCAAGGAGUCAAGUAAUGAUGGGGUUUUACAUACUGCCAACAAGCAGAGGAGAAGAGAUGCAGAAAAGGAGUUUAUCACAAAAGGGUUGAAGAAAUUGGAUGAAGAACAAAAGAAGGCCUCAUCCUCCAAGGAUAAAAUUAUUGUUGAAAAUAAUCGGAAAGUGAAGAGGAUGACUGGGGAAGAUGCCCUAAUGUGCCACCAAUGCCAGAGGAAUGACAAAGGGAGGGUAGUCAAGUGUCAGUCAUGCACGAAGCGCUUCUGUGUGCGAUGCAUAGAACUAUGGUAUCCUAAUUUGCCAGAGGAUGAAUUUGCUGCGAAAUGCCCAUAUUGUCGUAAGAACUGUAAUUGUAAGGCAUGCCUACGGAUGAGGGGAGUCAAAGAGCCUCCAAAAAAGGAGAUUUCUCAAGAGAAUCAAAUGCGUUAUGCUUGUCAUAUUGUAAGCUUGCUGCUUCCUUGGAUGAGAGAAUUGCGACGGGAGCAGAUGGAGGAGAAGGAAUUAGAGGCUAAAAUACAAGGUGUUUCGACAAAUGAAAUAGUUGUGGAACAAGCUGAGUGUGACCUAGACGAGCGUGUCUAUUGCAAUAAUUGCAGAACUUCUAUAGUUGAUUUUCACAGAAGCUGCAAGCAUUGUUUCUAUGACCUUUGCCUUAACUGCUGCAAGGAGCUUCGCAAUGGUGAGAUCCCUGGUGGAGAAGAGGUGGAGACUGUGCAGGAUGAAGAUAGAGGCAGGAAUUAUGCUUUUGGCAAGAUUUCUCAGUCAAAGGAUUAUAAUAGAAGGGUCUCUUCGAGGAGGCACAAGGACUCCUCAAAUGAUGAGCAUUACAAUGACAUGGCUGCUGCUGAAAACCCCAAUAACCCUCUGCUGCUCUGGAAAGCAAAUAGUGAUGGCAGCGUACCUUGUCCACCAAAGGAAAUAGGAGGCUGCGGCGGUUCACUUCUGGAACUCAAGUGCUUGUUUCCGGAGAAGAUGCUUGCUGAGCUAGAAGAUAGAGCUGACAAAAUUCUUGGGAGUGAAAAAUUUGCUAAAGCAAUAGUCAGAAGAAGUGACCGGUGCCCUUGCUUUGAUCAUUCGGGCAAGAUUAUAACUGAGAGCAAGUCAUUACGGGAGGCUGCAAAUAGGAAGGACUCAACUGAUAACUUUCUAUACUGUCCGGUUGCUACUGGUAUUCAGGAUGAUGACCUAGUGCAUUUUCAGAUGCAUUGGGCAAAGGGUGAGCCAGUUGUUGUUUCUGAUGUUCUUCAGUUAACUUCUGGUCUGAGUUGGGAGCCAAUGGUAAUGUGGCGGGCAUUGCGGGAAAGAACCAAAGGCAAGGCGGAAGAUGAGCAGUUUGCUGUGAGGGCAGUAGAUUGCCUUGAUUGGUGUGAGGUGGAAAUUAACAUACACAUGUUCUUUUCGGGAUAUACAACAGGCAGAGCUCAUUCCAGGACUUAUUGGCCUGAGAUGCUUAAGCUAAAAGACUGGCCUCCAUCUAGUUCGUUUGACAAGCGAUUGCCUCGCCAUGGUGCUGAAUUUAUCAGCGCAUUGCCAUUUCCUGAGUAUACGGAUCCACGAUAUGGCCCACUAAAUCUUGCAGUCAAGCUUCCUGCUGGUGUCUUGAAACCAGAUCUUGGACCAAAAACUUACAUUGCUUAUGGUUUUUACAAAGAGUUAGGCAGGGGUGACUCUGUGACCAAGCUUCACUGCGACAUGUCUGAUGCGGUAAAUAUCUUAACACACACAGCUGACGUGAGUCGCCAGGCUUACCAGCUUUGUCAAUUUGAAAAAAUCCAAAAGGACAUGAGAGCGCAAGAUCUUCAGGAACUAUAUGGGGGUUUAGAAUCCAGCAUUGAGCUCAGGCUAUCGGCAUCUCCUAUUGAAUCCAGGGAUAAAGCUGUUGAUCAAGCACCAAAGACCACAUGUAGUAUGGAAAACAAUCAUGCCAAUAAAGGCAAUUUUAAUGGUUUGGACAUCAAUGCUUUACCACCUGAUGAUGUUGAAGGUGAUGCAAAGGAACUAGGGCAGUGCCCAGAUCACAGUAAUGUCAACACAUCUGAUGAGAUGCAUAGUGGAGCUCAUUGCAUUUCAUACAGUCAAGAUAGCAUUGACAAGAGAGAGCAUGUAAAGAAAGAUAGAGGUUGUCCUCGCGAGGCAGUUGGCAUCAAACCCCAAGAAGAAAAACCUGAAAAUUUUGACUGCAAUUGCAUUGAUGCAAAUGAAAAACAAAGUUCCGAAGAUAUUCAAGAUGCACCUGUUGUGGAGACUUCAGAACAACAGAACACUGGUGGUGCUUUGUGGGAUAUUUUCCGCAGAGAGGAUUCUGAGAAAUUACAAGAUUAUCUUCGGAAGCAUGCAUCAGAAUUCAGGCAUAUUCAUUGUAAUCCAGUGAAACAGGUUAUGCACCCAAUUCACGAUCAGACUUUCUACUUAACCGCAGAGCAUAAGAGAAAGCUCAAGGAAGAAUAUGGUGUUGAACCCUGGACGUUUGAGCAGAAGCUUGGUGAAGCUGUUUUCAUUCCUGCUGGAUGUCCUCAUCAAGUGAGGAAUUUGAAGUCCUGCAUCAAGGUUGCGCUGGACUUUGUUUCCCCUGAAAAUGUUGGCGAGUGCGUUAAGCUGACUGGAGAGUUUAGACGACUUCCAUCUUUCCACAGGGCUAAAGAAGAUAAACUAGAGAUUAAGAAGAUGGCUCUUCAUGCUCUGAACGAAGUUGUAAACUUGUUGGAUCCUUGUUCCUCUGAAUGGUUGGAGAGUGGGUCUGGCCUGCCCAACAAUAAAGAUGAAGUUGGAGAUGAGAAGAAACCUAAAAGGAAUGGUGGUUGCGGAAGAGGUGACCUGUGGAGCGAAGAUGACAAGUCCAAUGAUGAAGCUGCUGAUUAGAAGCAGCAGCAGCCUAAGAAGCGUGGUCGCCCAAGCGGAGGCAGGCGGAAGGUUCGCUGGAAGGAUGUAUUGAUCUGGGUUGAAAUAUAAUUAUUUUGGAAGAUUGGCAAGGCAUUAGUCACCCCAGACCCCAUUUAGGGCGUCUGAUUUUUUGUUCAUAUGUGGUGAUUAAAAACGCCGAGAAUCAUUAGUUAGUUGCUGCUCCUCGAUCGGGAGAAGGAUGUAGCGGGCAAUAGUGAUAGGCGACAAGCAGAGCAUAUAUACUGCUGAUAUUUUGGCAAUUAGCUCGAAUAGCUUCCCUGUGGUUCAUGCUGGGCGAUCCAUGGAUUGAGCAAGCUUCCUGACAGGAUUCAGGAGGCAGCAGCUAUAACAGUCUCAGCUUACAGCUGUUUAUGCAAUUAAUGUUUUGGAUGGUUCCAUUA